AAUAUAUCCAGCUCAUUACAGUUAUCGUUCUCAUAUAUCGAAUUCUGGGAACUGUCGGAGUUUUAUUUGUUUUUUGGUCGAAUGACUCAUUACUGACCGGGACAACCUGUGCAAUAUUUCCCAAGAUUCGUAAUGGUUUGUAGACUAUAUAAGUGUUGUUUGAUUCGUCUAUGUCAAUAACAGACGAAACAAGACGACUUGCACAAUAGCAAAAAAAUUAAAGUGCAUCAUACAGAUUACAGAUACGGGAAAACGACUUAAUAGAUUAUAUUUACACGACUUGUAUUUUGAGUCCGGCAUAUAAACUAAACAUACAAUCUAUAUAUUAGAACAAACAUCGUGAGAACAAUAUGGCAUUGGCACUAGAAACGACGAUGGCUGUAAUUACCUUGAUGACUUUAUUAUCUGCCCAAGUGAACUCUGCGCCCGUUGUAGGUACCGCACCUACCUGGCAGAACCCUUGUGGGGACGGUUCGUCCAUCGGCGACGCAACGCCUGCUGUCUGGGCUUCUGUUACUUCUGGUGACGGAACGCAUUCGACUCACUAUAAAGAAGUUUCGGAUUCAGCAAUUCGAGCCAAGCGAAGUAUUGAAGAUAUUCAAAAUUUACUUGUAUUAAAAGGACGUAUUACAACAAGUAAAAUAGAGCAAAUUAAAACUCUUAAAUUGAGCCAUAUGCCAACCAGCGAAGCAUUGAGUAAAGCUAAGGAAACGGCACAUAAUGAAGAUUCAUUAAGAAGAGCGAGAAAGGAACUUGCCGAGGUCAGUGUUUUCUUGAAACACAUGAUUGAGGAGGAGGAAGACGUCUUCAUUGGACAAACCUCUGCGUCCCUCCUCAAUGAAAUGAAAGAAUUUGAACAGAAAUAUUUUUAUGGUGGAGUAUUCUGUAACGUUCACCAUACAAUGAUUGCAACCGGAGUCAACCACGAUUUCAAUUUCAAUCACGAGGGUCGCAUUAGAGAUUCAAUAAUUGAUCUCCUUGGUAACGAAGCUCAGCGUAAUGUGGCUUACUACAUCAUACUCAGAGACAUGGGGAAUCUAUUUGACUUCCAAAAACUUGAGUUUCUUGAAUUGGCAAAGAAAAACGCCUCUUAAAACGAAGAAUACUUGUCAUCUCUUCCAAACACUCCAUGGUAAUAUGGACAAAAUCAUUAUUCUGCAGUGGACUCAAUGGUACUAUUUAGUACUUAGUAUUUAGUAGAUCAUAUUGGUCGAACUAUUUUAGAAUAUUGCUACUUAUAAGCAAACGUGUUUAUCUUGACU